AUGGAGGCAUCCUGCCUGGAGCUGGCCCUGGAAGGAGAGCGCUUGUGCAAGGCUGGGGACUUCAAAGCUGGGGCAGCCUUCUUCGAAGCAGCAGUGCAGGUGGGGACUGAGGACCUGAAGACUCUCAGUGCCAUCUACAGCCAGCUGGGCAAUGCCUAUUUCUACCUGAAGGAGUACUCCAAGGCCCUGCUGUACCACAAGCACGACCUUACCCUGGCCAGAACCAUUGGGGACCGAAUUGGAGAAGCCAAGGCAAGUGGCAACCUUGGGAAUACCCUGAAAAUUCUGGGGCAGUUUGAUGAAGCUGUGGUUUGCUGCCAGAGACACUUGGACAUUUCUCGGGAGCAGGGAGACAAGGUAGGUGAAGCCAGAGCUCUCUAUAACAUAGGGAAUGUUUACCAUGCAAAGGGAAAGCACUUAUCCUGGAGCACAGCCCAGGACCCGGGCUACCUGCCUCAGGAAGUCAAGGACACGCUACAGAAAGCCUCAGAAUAUUAUGAGAGGAACCUGUCCCUGGUGAAGGAGCUGGGGGAUAGAGCUGCACAGGGCCGGGCUUACGGCAACCUUGGCAACACCCAGUACUUACUGGGCAACUUCAGCGAGGCCAUCGCCUUCCACAAGGAGCGCCUGGCCAUUGCCAAGGAGUUUGGGGACAAGGCAGCGGAGCGCAGAGCCUACAGCAACCUGGGCAAUGCCCACAUCUUCCUGGGCAGGUUCGACAUCUCCGCCGAGUACUACAAGUGA